AUAUGCUCCUUCAUAUUCGACUAACCUAACCUCCCCCCAAUAAAACUGCCCUUUCUUCACCCUUUUUUAACCCCUCCCAAUUCCCAAGCCAGAUUUUCCAAUUCCGAGUGCCAGUACCGGUAAUCCUUGAGAAUGAAGUUCGGGAAGAGACUGAAGCAGCAGAUUCAGGAGACUUUACCGGCCUGGCGAGACAAAUUUCUGUCCUACAAAGAGCUGAAGAAGCUUGUCCGUUUGAUUUCUUCGGCACCGGCAGUGUUGAAUGGAUCAAGUGAGUACGGGAAGGUGGAGGCGGAUUUUGUGUACUUGUUGAACAAUGAGAUCGAGAAGUUCAAUUCGUUUUUCAUGGAGCAGGAAGAGGAUUUCAUCAUCCGCCGUAAAGAAUUACAACAGAGGAUUAAGAAGGUGAUUGAUACAUUAGGGCCGAAUGGAAGUCACCCUUCAGAAGCAGAGUACAAAGAAGAGAUGGGAAAGAUGAGGGAAGACAUUGUAAAUUUCCAUGGCGAAAUGGUGCUCUUGGAGAAUUACAGCAAUAUCAAUUACACAGGGCUGGCUAAGAUCUUGAAGAAAUAUGACAAGAGAACGGGAGGCUUGUUGCGCUCGCCAUUCAUCAAUAAGGUUUUACAGCAACCCUUUUUCACUACUGAUCUUGUUUCAAAGCUUGUAAAGGAAUGCGAAAACACCAUAGAUGAAGUGUUCCCAGUAGAGGAAGAAGAGAGAACCAAGGAAAGAAAAGAAGCAAUAACAGUAGGUGAAGGAAUUUUCAGGAAUACAGUUGCUGCAUUACUUACCAUGCAAGAAAUUAGAAGAGGCAGCUCUACUUACAGCCAUUUUUCUCUGCCUCCCCUUAAUCUGCCAGACUCUGAUCUCAUUCACUUAUUCCAGCUUAAUUCCCCUAUACCGAUUCUCUAACAAAAAUGUUUAAGUAUGCCAGGAGCAUGCUAGAACUUUUUAUUCUGGUAAUUUUCUUAUUUUUUCAAAAAGGAAAAUCUUUGGGGUACAUAUACAAAAAUAUGAAGAUAUCUCUUUCCUCUCGUAUCAAACAUUUCAAUAAGAGUCAGUGUCCUUA